AUUCGGCUGCUUACGCUAACAGGCGCACAUUCGACGACGAGCUGUUCUCCUUCUUCCGAAGCAUCCCGUCCACGAAGACUAGUCCGCUGUAACAAUGGCACCGAAGUUUCAAAUGAAGUUGGAGAAGUGUGGAGUGUGUGAGAAGACGGUGUACGCCGCGGAACGCAUUGAGGCUGGCGGUGUCAUCUUCCACAAAAUGUGCUUCAAAUGUUCUGUCUGCAAGACGAAGCUCGACCUGGGCAACUAUCAGCAAAACGAGGGCAUCAUCUACUGCAAGAAGGACUUCAGAGAUGCAGUGACAGCGAAGAACGUUCAAGCGGCUGUUGUUUAGAACCUGACUACGCAUUAACAAUACUUGCCGGGAUAGGAAAAUAGAAGAAGGGGACGGGAAAGAGUGCAA